AUGCAGUUGGCAGCGAGUCUGAAGGGUCCUGCGCUGGAGAUCCUUGGUCACCUCCCGGAGGCCCAGUGCCGAAACUUUGAGAAGCUCACAGAAGCGCUGAACCAGCGUUUUGGGGUCGAGCACCAGGAGGAGGCCUUCAGAGCGCAGUUCAGGACGCGCUCUCGUCGUCCUCAGGAACCUCUGGCCGAGCUCGCACAAGACAUUGAAAAGUUGGCAUAUCUGGCCUACCCGUUGGCUCCUGCAGAGUUUCGCGGCAUCCUGAUCCGAGAUCAGUUUAUUGACGCCCUGGAUGACAUCGAGCUGAAGAUAUCCGUUCGAAUUGACGAUACGCUUGACGCCCUGUCUGGAAGCAAGUGGUUCUCCACUCUGGACCUGAAGUCCGGCUACCACCAAGUCAAGAUGGCAGACCAAGAUAAAGAAAAGACAGCAUUCUGUGCGGGCGGAGGGCUUCAACUUUGGCAGUUCCGAGUCAUGCCUUUCGGACUGUGCAACGCCCCAGCAACGUUCGAGCGUCUCAUGGAGAGGGUGCUGGAUGGUCUGAACUGGAAAACUUCCCUGGUGUACCUCGAUGACGUAAUCGUGCUGGGAAAGACGUUCAGAGAGCAGUCCUCACACUUGGAGGCAGUCUUCAAGCGGCUGCUUGAUGUCGGCCUCAAGUUGAACCCCAAGAAAUGUAACCUCUUCCAACGUCAGGUGAAGUACUUGGGCCAUGUUGUGUCGCACAAGGGCAUCUCAGCUGAUCCAGACAAGAGCAGAGCUGUCGAAGAAUGGCCCGUGCCGAGAGAUCAGCACCAGCUCCGUAGUUUCCUGGGACUUUGUACGUACUACCGCCGGUUCGUGAGAGACUUCGCCCUGAUAGCUGCCCCACUGCAUCAGCUCACUAAGAAGGGACAGCGCUUCGAGUGGUCAGACAAGUGCCAGGAAGCCUUCAUCAAACUGAAGCAGCACUUAGUCACCGCGCCCAUCCUCGCAUACCCAAACGCAACAGACAGCUUUGUGCUGGACACGGAUGCGAGCGGCUGCAGCAUUGGAGGAGUCCUGUCUCAGAUGCAGGACGGAAAAGAGCAUGUCAUUGCCUACUUCAGUCGAUCGCUGAGUAGCGCAGAACGAAACUACUGCGUCACACGGAGGGAGCUGCUGGGCAUUGUUGAUUCCAUGAAGCAUUUCCACCACUACCUGUACGGCAAGCAUUUCGUCAUGCGCACUGAUCACGCAGCCCUGCAGUGGUUGAAAAGUCUGAAGGAACCGGAAGGUCAGCUGGCCAGGUGGAUCGCUCGUGCUGACCAGAUGGACGCUAUGGAGCUGCUCCAUGAGGUGAUGGCGCAGCCUGCGGAGUCUGCUGCCGAGCUUCAGCUCUACGACAGUGACCUCGAGGAGUGGCUCGGCGGCCAGACUGCGGGGAGCGAAGGAGCGCUGCACCUGCUGAGCGGCGAUUCCAUUGCCAGAGACGCCCCGUUUCGGGUGCAACAUCCUGACAGGCUGCUGAGGCUGACCGUCGGGGGCAUGACGUGGAGCAGGCUUCCGGUUGACGAGCAUCUUCGCCAGUGGAAGGAGGCCGCCUCGCUGCAGGGUCUUCGUCUGGGGGUGGCGGUGUUAUGGCUCUCGGGCAACGACGUGUACUCCCGGCGCCGAGGGGCUGCUGACCUGCCUUCCGAUGGCCACUGGGAGGCGCUUCACCGGACGGUGGAACGAUGCACCGCUACCUUGGCGGACGUGGCGGAUCGGGUGGUGCUGCUGGGUCCGCUACCCAGGUUUGUUCACGACGCGGGCAGACCGUGGGAGAGGACGGCAGCCUAUCACCUGGAGCGGCAUAUCAGCCACUGGCUGAGGGAGAUGGCUCGGCCCGACAUCUCUCAGGUGGAGCUGGGGCGCCGGCUCACCCACCGUGUUAAGAAACGGCAUGUCGUGAACAGUGCCAAAGAGUUUAACAGAGACGGACUGCAUCUCA